UAAAUGACAAAGUGGACUCUUUGAUUUGUGUAUGAAAACGACUUCACGAAAAAUGCAAAAAAGUGCAUCGUGCUCAUCUAAAUCUACUGCGACUCUCUGUCCUUUUUCUGAAGUUGUUGUUAUUUCUCAUUUAGCGAAGGAUGGACGAUCUGAUUAAGGGAUUCAUUCGCACAAAGUUGCAGCAGGAGGAAACGGAGGAUGAUAAUGCUGCUCCUCCCUCCUACAUUGAUAGAUCCACCUGGGCUGAGGUACUUAGUGGGCACAAGGAGGAGGAAGCCAAUUAUGUAGAAGAAGCAGAGAAUAGUAAGAAUGGGAUUCAUUUCAAUGAGGAGUUUAAGCAGCAGGAGAAGAAGAAGCAUUCCAGAUUUUCAUGGCAGGAGCAGCAAAAUGAGGUAGUUAGUGGGCACAAUCAGGAAGAAUACAAUUAUGAAGAAGAAGCAGAGAAUAGUAAGAAUGCGAUACAUUUCAAUGAGGAGUUUAAGCAGCAGGAAAAGAAGAAGCAAUCCAAAUUUCCAUGGCAGGAGCAGCAAAAUGAGGCUGCAGCUGAUUCUGAGGUGUGGGAGACAGUAGGAGAACACCAUUCCAAAUCUCCACAGAAAUACUAUAAGGUAUCUACUGAGCAAGGGCAGAGCUAUAAAAUGCCUCCCAGUGAACAGUCAUAUGCAGAUGGAGUCGGGGAUGAUAUUGACCUAGAACCAACGGAAGAGGAGAUUUCUGACUUGUCAAGAGCAUGUAACAGGCUUUGGGAACUUGAUCUUAAUCGCUUGGUACCUGGUCAGGACUAUGAAAUUGAUUGUGGAAAAGGGAAAAAACCAUACAAUGAAGGUGACGAUGCACCAAAUGUACUUUUCAGCUGGGUGAACAAGCAUGUAUUUAGAAGACCUACAUAUUCUCGGUUCUAUGUUCUUUUGGAUAACUACAACCCAAGUCAAGGGUCACAUGAGGUGGUUACUUCAGAAGAAGAACAGGAACAAACUGCGUUUAUUGAAGAGAUCAGUAGAACUGUCCCAAUCAAGUAUCUCCACAAAUACCUGGUUGCCAAGGGACUUACAUCUCCUAAUUAUGCAGUUUUCAAGGGAAAAUUGAAAUCCAUUUGGUUUGAUCUCUUGGAUAGAUGUGGGACUAGUGAUAACUCCUCAGCAUUUGAACAUGUUUUUGUUGGAGAAAUUAAGCGGCAUCAAACAAAAGAAGUUUCAGGCUUCCACAACUGGAUUCAGUUUUACUUAGAAGAAUCAAAGGGAAGGGUUGAUUAUCAAGGUUACAUCUAUCCAAGGAGGCGUGGACAAUUUCCAGAUUCUGAAACUCAAUUGCUUACUGCUCAGUUUACAUGGAAUGGUGUUCUCAAGUCAGUUUCUAGCGUUUUGAUUGGGGUCAGCCCAGAGUUUGAGAUUGCUCUGUACACCCUUUGCUUUUGUGUGGGAAGGCAGGACAAUCACGUUGAAUUAGGUCCUUACAAUGUGAACAUCAAAUGCUAUCCACUUGAAGGAGAUAAAAUUGGAUCAGUGUUUCCUAUAGCUGAGGAUUAGGCCCAACAGAAAUUGUUUUGUGGCAUUUGUAUGCUUUGAAGGCAAUGAAAUGUUUUUCUUUUACGUUUUUAAAGUGCCAAGCAGUCUUUUCAUAUUGGUUACUUGAUUAUUAACAUGAACGUAUUGGUUUUAUUAUUAUGAACAUGAUUUUAUGGAUUCUGGAUUUUAGAGGCAUUCUCUUAAGCCUGCAAUAUUUUUUGGUGUGUUUCUGUGGAACUUCGUAAUAUAUUUGAUGUGUUUCAAUUUUCA